AGGUACCUCACCGAGCUCUACACCGUUUCCUACCUCAUCUUCUUCGCCAUCAUGGGAACCCUGGCCAGACUGGGCACGCAAUGGAUCACCUUCUACCCCGGCACCCCCAUUGUCACUCCCGUCAUCUGGGCCAACUUCGCCGGCUCCUUCAUCUUCGGCUUCCUUGCCGAGGAUCAGGCUCUCUUCCGCCAGGACUCCCGCCGCGAUAGGAGGGAGGAGGAAAAGCAGAUGAACGCGUCUGCCGAAGACAGAGACCGCCGGAAAGCCGAGCUUACGAAACGCAAGAAGGCCAUUCCACUCUACAUCGGGCUGGCCACGGGCUUCUGUGGUAGUUACACCUCCUUCUCCUCCUUCACCCGCGAUGUCUUCCUCGCCCUCUCCAACAGCCUUCCCACCCCAGUCAACCAUCCACAUCCUGGUAUUGUCGCGCCGGCGCCCUCAAGUGCAAUCGCUCGCCACGACGGCUAUUCCUUCGAAGCAUUUCUGCAAGUCAUAAUCUUCACCAUCGCCCUCUCCAUUGGAGGGCUUAUCAUUGGCGCGCAGGUCGCAGCAUUCGCAGAUCCGAUUACCCCCAGAAUCCAUGGACGCUUUGUGCGCAAGUUCGUCGACCCAGCCGCGGUGUUCCUGGGCUUCGGCUGCUGGCUGGGUUCCAUCUUCCUCGCCAUCUGGCCUCCCGAUCGACCGGGCGGCCCGUUAGGCGAUACAUCUUGGGCGCAAGAAAAGUGGCGCGGCGAAGUGCUUUUCGCCCUCGUGUUUGCACCUCUGGGCUGCCUUUUGCGCUUCUACGUCAGUCUGAAGCUCAACGGCUUGGUCCCUGCUUUCCCACUCGGCACGUUUGCGGUCAAUAUGUUUGGCACCGCGAUCGAGGGCAUGUGCUACGAUCUGCAGCACGUUGGUGUUGGCAUCAUGGGCGGGCUUGGUGGGGGCCGGAUAGGAUGUCAAGUGUUGCAAGGCGUGCAAGAUGGGUUUUGCGGAUGUCUGACUACCGUCAGCACUUGGGUGGGCGAGAUCAACGGAUUGCGACGUAAGCAUGGCUGGGGCUACGCCUUCGCCAGCGUGUUGGGAGGAUUUUGUUUGAUGGUGGUCAUAAUGGGCAGUGUGCGGUGGAGCGUUGGCUUCUCGGGCACUGUAUGUGAUACUGGAUACCCCAAUAAAGUUCACGGUUAG